CUGUUCCCCAGGCAGUCUCACUGCUGGAGAUGACAGUCAGCUGCUCUCUCUGCGUAGCCACCAUCACAUGCCCCAGCAUUGGAGCCUGGGAAGCCUGACCACAGACCAGCAUCUCUGAGGCAUGAAUAAUUAGGCAGGCAUAAUGGAAGGCACUCACUGCUCCCUCCAAUUGCGUAAGCCCAUUACUGAACUCUGCUACAUCAGCUUCUAUCUUCCACGGGGGGAAGUCCGAGGAUUUUCAUACAAGGGCACCGUAACUCUAGACAGAUCCAAUAAGGCAUUUCAGAACUGCUACCAAGUCAGGGAGGGGUCGGACGUCAUCAGCCUCAGUCUGCAGCCGGAUGAACAUCCAGGGGACAUAUUUUUCAAGCAGACUCCCACGAAGGACAUUCUAACUGAGCUGUACAAACUCACAGCAGAGAGGGAGAGACUGCUGGCCAAUCUCCUAAGCUCAGACCACAUCCUGGGGAUCACGAUGGGGAACCAGGAGGGGAAGCUGCUGGAGCUGUCCGUGAGUCUGGCCCCUGAGGACGACUGUUUCCAGAGUGCUGGCGACUUGCAGGGAGAGCCCCUCGUGGGCUGUCUCAAUAAGAGGGCCACCCAGAGGAGCAAAAAGCCCCGGCGGUUUGGGGGAGGGAGAGAGAGUGUGGAGGCGCUUCCGCAGAAGAGGACAAGAAGAAAAGGGCAUGGGGGCCAGGAAUCAGCUCCUCAGAUGGGGAGGGACCAUGUCUGUUCCAGCAACUCCCUUCCUCUUUCUCGAGAGAGGCCUAAUCGUGGGCUUCUAGAAGAGAGAGGCAACUUGCUUCCACAUAGGGCUCGUUCCUCUUCCCUGCAGAGGAGAGAAAUCUGCCCCCUGGAGAUCGCCAGGAUGCUGGACCCUGACCCUGGCUUUGGGAGCUCCGGGCUCACUUCUGAGGAUGCUGAGCUUGGAAGAGGAGGAUGGCCCCCUGACUGCAGCUCCACCGAGCCAGGGGACGAGCCAGGGGACGGUGGUGCUGGGGAGCUACCAAGGACGCCUCACAGGCUGGCACAUCAGCAGACAGGUUUCUCUGCAAGUCACAAGCACCCCGAGAAGCAUCCACCCACAGAAAGGGGCCGGAGGGAGAAGUGUGCUGAGCGGACUCACAGGAAGAAACCUGUUUCCAAAGUGGUGGCCCGGGUCCAGGACCUGUCUGCUCAGGUGCAGAGAGUAGUUCAAAUGCAUCCUGAGGGCGAAGGAGGGCUUGCUGUUCACCCAGCAGCCCAAGCUGAGUUCUUUCCCAGCGCAGACUUGCUCACCCUCCCAGCAGCCAAGGCUGGGGCUCCUGGUUCCAAGCGGCAGGGCAAGGAGCAGCGCGGGGACGGGUCAUGGCAGUCGUCGGCCAGGGAAUGUCUUCCAGCCAGCACCGAGGGGGCUGUGAACAAGGUCCUCCUGAAGGUGAUAGAGAGUGAGAAGUUAGUUGAAGCCACUGAGGGGAAGAGGCUGGGCUUCCCCCUCAGCAGGACGGCCCCCCGCACCCUCCCAGACACUGGAAGCAAGAGGAGAGUUGGGCUGUCUCUGAGCGGCCACAAGACCUUGUUUCUGGAUCUGCCCCGCAGUUCUGGCCCCGACUCCUCACAGGGCGGAGGUGGUGAGAGGCCGCCCCCACCAGCUCUGGGCACAGUAUUUAAUAAUUCAUCCUCUCAGUCUGGCACACACACACGGAUGUCACCUGUUCCCUCGCCUCUAUCUCCAAGGCUCCCCAGCCCUCCACAGCAUCACAGGCUCCUCCGGCUGCCUGGCGAGAGGGAAGCCGCUCUUGAUGACUCUCCUGGUAGAAAGAGUGGCACCUUCUCUGGGUCCACCUCUGCUGACACCUUGGAGCCAUCAUCCUCUGCGAAGGUCACGGAGACCAAAGGAGCCAGCUCAGCCUUCCUCAGAGCGGACCAACCUCGGUUGGUGCCUGGGGAAUCUUUGGAAAAGAUCUUGGGGCCCGGGAGGAUCACAGCUCAGCCUCCGCACCAGUCACCUCCAGGCAUCUCCUCCGAGAGCUUUCCCCGGGACUGCUUCAAUGAGCAGUCACCCUCUAAGGACCUUCCCAUCAGGGAUGGAGGUGCCUGGGUCCUGGGCCAUAGAGCUGGACCAGCCUGUCCCUUUCUGCUCCUCGAGGAGAGAGAGAAGACAAACAGAAGUGAAUUGCACUUGGAUCUCCAUCCUGAGCACAGCCCCACUGAGCAGGACGAUAGGACUCCUGGCAGACUCCAAGCUGUCUGGCCACCCCCAAAGACAAAGGACACAGAAGAAAAAGUGGGAUUGAAGUACACUGAAGCAGAAUACCAAGCUGCUAUUUUACACUUGAAGAGGGAGCACAAAGAAGAAAUUGAAAACCUACAGGUUCAGUUUGAACUUCAGGCCUUUCACAUCCGGGGUGAGCAUGCAGUGAUAACAGCAAGACUAGAAGAAACCAUCGAAAACCUCAAACACGAGAUAGAGCACCGAUGGCGCGGAGGAUGUGAAGAGAUGAGAGAUGUUUGUAUCUCCACCAACGAUGACUGCCCUCCCAAGACCUACAGAAAUGUGUGCAUCCAGACAGACAGAGAGACUUUCCUCAAACCCUGCGAAGGGGAAGGCAAGACAACCAGAAGUAACCAAAUAAUACCCAAAAAGCUGAACAUCUCCUCUUUAAGCCAACUCUCCCCGCCAAAUGACAACAAAGACAUUCUUCCACCACUUCAGUCUGUGGAAUGCAUCUCACCGAGCCAGGAGAAGGCAUCGCCUCUCCCCACAGCACCACCCCCACCAGCAGUCAUCCCUCCCCCUCCACCCCUACCACCUGGGCUUGGACCUUUGCCACCAGCCCCUCUGCCACCACCUGUGAGUGCAGGGCCACCACCACCUCCGCCACCUCCUCUGCCUCCAAGCACUGGACCUCCCCCGCCUCCUCCCCCACCACCACUUCCUAGCUCACCCAUUCUGCCCAGCAGUGGGGGGCCUCCUCCUGCUCCAACACUCCCAGGACUUGUGCCCCCACCUCCUCCUGGCCUCUUCUUUGGAGUCGGCCCUUCUUCUAGCCAAUGUCCUCGGAAGCCAGCCAUUGAGCCCAGUUGUCCCAUGAAGCCUCUGUACUGGACUAGAAUACAAAUAAGUGAUAAGAGCCAAAGUGCUACACCAACCUUAUGGGACUCCUUAGAAGAACCUGAUAUUCGGGAUCCUAGUGAAUUUGAGUAUUUAUUCUCCAAAGACACAACUCAGCAGAAGAAAAAACCACUGUCAGAGACCUAUGAGAAAAAAAACAAGGUCAAAAAGAUCAUCAAGUUAUUGGAUGGAAAACGAUCUCAAACUGUGGGAAUCUUGAUAUCUAGUUUGCAUUUAGAAAUGAAAGAUAUCCAGCAGGCCAUUUUCAACGUGGAUGACUCUGUGGUUGAUCUGGAGACCCUGGCGGCCUUAUAUGAAAAUAGAGCCCAAGAGGAUGAAUUGGUUAAAAUAAGAAAGUAUUAUGAGACAUCCAAAGAAGAAGAAUUGAAGCUGCUGGAUAAACCUGAGCAAUUUUUACGUGAAUUAGCCCAGAUCCCUAAUUUUGCUGAGCGUGCCCAGUGUAUCAUCUUCAGAUCUGUCUUUUCCGAAGGCAUCACCUCCUUGCAUCGAAAGGUAGAGAUCAUCACACGAGCUUCUAAGGGCUUGCUGCACAUGAAGAGUGUGAAGGAUAUUUUAGCUCUUAUUCUGGCUUUUGGAAAUUAUAUGAAUGGAGGAAAUAGGACUCGGGGACAAGCAGAUGGAUACAGCUUAGAAAUUCUGCCCAAACUCAAGGAUGUCAAAAGUCGGGAUAAUGGGAUUAAUCUGGUGGACUAUGUCGUGAAAUACUACCUGCGUUACUAUGAUCAGGAAGCAGGAACAGAAAAGAGCAUUUUCCCCCUGCCUGAACCACAAGAUUUCUUUCUGGCUUCCCAAGUCAAGUUUGAAGACCUCAUCAAAGACUUGAGAAAACUGAAGAGGCAACUGGAAGCAAGUGAGAAACAGAUGGCAGUGGUGUGCAAGGAGUCUCCAAAGCAGUACCUCCAGCCUUUCAAGGACAAACUAGAGGAGUUCUUCCAGAAAGCCAAAAAAGAGCAUAAAAUGGAAGAAAGUCACCUGGAGAAUGCUCAGAAAAGUUUUGAAACGACAGUGGGAUAUUUUGGGAUGAAGCCAAAGUCUGGUGAGAAAGAGAUCACUCCAAACUACGUGUUUAUGGUGUGGUACGAGUUCUGCAGUGACUUCAAGACGAUUUGGAAACGGGAAAGUAAAAACAUAUCUAAAGAAAGAUUGAAAAUGGCUCAGGAAUCAGUCAGCAAGUUGACAGCAGAGAAGAAAGUGGAGACAAAGAAAAUCAAUCCCACGGCCAGUCUGAAAGAAAGACUACGUCAAAAGGAAGCCAGUGUGACCACCAACUAAAAAGGAGACACUGAAGAUAACAGCAAGACUGAGUACCUUGCUUAUCCUUUGCAACACCAGCACUGCAGGAAGUUCUUGAAAGACAUGUCACUAAACGUUGCUUUUGCUCAUGGCUUUGUGAGGUCAUCUGCAGUGAGAACCCGUGCCUUCCCAAAGUCCCUGGUUAAGCCACAGAACCAAUGACAAGCUGUGUAAGGGAAAUUGCAGGAGUAUUUGAUGAUUGUUUCUGUAGAGGCCCAAAGUUCACUUUGUUAUAAGACCAGAAGAAAGCCCCAAGAUUUUCCAAACAUUUUUUAAAAGCAAAGAUUCCAAGCUUUCUGACCCACUCUUGAUAUAUGUAAAUUUGUGACCGAAGAAGAGAGGGCUCUUACGACAGUUGCCUUGAGAGAGUUCAAGCCUUUACACACUGCUGGUUUGACUGUUGAUCUUAAUUUUGAUCCCAUUGCAUCAAGAUCCUGAAGUGUCUUUCUCACCAAAAAUGUUGACAUUUACCCAAACUAUUUUUAAAGAGGUCCAAGACUAUGGAUUUCCCAGAGGAGAAAAAUGGUUAUCUUAUUGUUGUUCAUGUUAUGGAAAGGAGAGGAAAUGGGAUUAUACAUGGUGGAGAAGGGGUUAAAUAACCAUAAACUUCAUAAACCUGGAGAACAAAUUAUGGUACAGGGAGUUCACAUCAGCCAUUAAGCAAUUAAUUGCUGUUUCCUGGACCAUCGGAGAGUCUCUCCAUCCCAGAUUCCGGAAGAAACAGUGAUACCUGAGCACGGAGACACUUGGGGUCAAAGCAGUUGCUUGGACAAGUGACCCAGUAACAGAGCACAUUUCACGUUUCAGAACAUUCAUGAAUGGGCAAUGUCUUGAUGAUGUGCACCUGAGCUCUACGUCAUGUUCUGGGACUGUGUGCGGCCAGACCUGUCCCAGCAGCCCCAGGAGGCAGUUUCCAGACAGGACUGCAAAUGUUACUUGCCGCCUUUUGUUAUGACCUUGACCCUUGACGGACAGCCAUGUGACAGAGGUCUUUGGUGUCUGAAAAAUUAAGUUCAGAAAAGUUCUUUACACGCAAAUGCAAAGAAGGUGUUCACAUUAAUGGAAUGCCAUGUACAUGCAGCUUUUUCAGACCCUGGGAGUCACUGUCCCUUGAGUCACAAGAGAAAGGAAUCUACCUUGUGAGUAGAGAAAAGAGGGGACUGGGGGUGAAUUGAUAAUAAGAUCAGAGACUAUCAGGUUUGGGCCUUGAAGGGAGAGAGGUCAAAGCUUUCUCCUCCAAAUGAUGGAGCAACAACCUUAAAACCCUUCCCAAUCCAGCUGCAAUGUGUGGCUUGACCCUUGUCCCAUGAUCUUCCCAGAACCUCUCAACUUCCAGGUGGCUGAAUGUUUACCCAGGACAUGCCUGCCAGGUAUCAACCCCCUCAGGGACCCAUAACAGAUCCAGCUUAUUAAAGGGGCACCAUAUCCUAAUAUAAUGCCCGUCUUGGGAAUCAAGAAUGUACAGUCAAGAUCCAAUCAAGUCUCUGAAGCCAUAUCAUGCAGGUGCUAACCACCUUUUCAAAAGAAAAGAAUAUGGUAGCAUAGUUGGGUUGUUGUUGUUUUUCCAGUUCAAAAUAAAAGGAUGAGACAAGCAAAAUAGGAAAGCUGAUAAGAAACUUACAUGACUAAAAGAAGUUGCUUGUGAGCAAGAAGCUUUUUAGACUAGAUUGUUUUCUUAUAUUGUUUCUUCCUUUUCCCUUAACUGUGGAGAAAACCUAAGGAAUUCAUCAAUUGAAAACAAAUUCCACUUACAGCCAUCCUGGGCUCUGUGACAUGCCUUUUGGUAUUAUCGUGCAAAAAAAAAAAAAAAGUGCCUGUUUUGCCCAUGCCUUGGGAACCAGCUUUGAGUUCAGUAAGACCAACAUAUGUUUGGAAACAUGUGUGUCCUUAGAGACCUGAUGGGAGACAGCUGCCAGUGGCUUUCAGUGGAGUCGCCAUCAUCCACUUUAAGUCUUGAAGCUGGUGCUCGUAGGAAAAUCACUGAAGAUAACCAGGACUGUCUCUUUGGCCACAUAACCCAGCAGGAACAUGCUCUCAGGGAACCAACGGGGAGGAAUAACGAGUGGGGACAUUUAAUUUGAGAGUUAGACAAAUGCAGCCCAAGGUGGGUUUUAUCCUCAGGGAUAGACUAGAAAUUGGCAGUAAAAUACCUCUUUCUAAAGAGCAAAGUUUGCCUGCCGAUGUUGGGGAAACAGUGAUUUUUCUAAGAUUAGUCAAAGGUAAUAUGUUAGUACAUUAAGACACCAGGGCAGGAUCUCCAUCAUUUUCACCCAGUUUGAAUCCUGCAGUAUGUAUCUGGACCCCCUUCCCAAUCCACACACAUGCUGCACUGUUGACAUCACCUUCAUUUCUAACUUAAGUUGAUCAUCAGUCAAGGUUCGCAAGAGUUGUUCAAGGUAGGCCAUCUAAAACAGCUUGGAGGCCUUAAAAUAUUCCCUCUAAAAUACAGUUGAGAUUGUGUUUAAACACAGCAGGUGUCUCUAAACUUCUCGUGGAGAGGAAGUUAGUUGGGGUACCACUAGAGCUUGAGCAUUUCGGGUAACUAAGACUUAAGUGGCUGUUCUAAGCACAGCCCUCCCCGAACAAGAGGGAGAGUGGCCAGUACUGCUAUUCUGCUUAACCAGACACUCACAUCGGGCUUCCCAGUCAGACUCUGGGAAAUCCUAGCUUGUGAACAUCAUCUUCUCUUCUAGCCAAGAUUCAUUACAUCAGGGCACAGCUGAUAGCAGUUCAGAUUCUUGCAUGAGUAAUUGGCAUCAUCCCUCAAGCACACGAGUAUAUCAUAUAUUAAACCAGAGCAUGAUGUAACUAUCUUAGGUAGAAAUAAGAAAAAACCUCAGGCCAGUGGGGUGUCAAAAAUAAGGUUAGAAGGAGAUGUGCUCUAUAGCUUUUAACCCAAGAAGAGGCAGCUUACGGGAGGAGAAAAAAGGGCAGAGUCUGGUCAAGCAGAAAUUGAUGAUGGUGACUCCCGCACCAUCAUAGGUGAUGGACCUGCUGCCCAUCAGUUGCCUUUUGAAUACUUGAAUUGAUGUCCAUGGUGUCUCCUCAAAUGCUCGCUGCAACUACAUAGGAAUUAUGGAGGAAGAAUUUCCAAAAUCCGAGAAGUAGGAUAAGGGAACCUAGUGGUGCUGUUACAUCUGGAAAUGUUGUAGCCUAAACAAAUAGGCAACGUGGUUGAGGAAUUGAAUGUCAGAUUGGAUGCUGGUCUCCCUUCUCCUGUUCCCCAAGUAGGGACAGUAGAAGCUGCACACCUGCUGAACCUCCCUUCAGCACCCCUUUGUCCAUAAGUACCGUGAGGAAAGGCAUUUUCUAAGUGAAAAGCUCAUGUGCUGCUGGUGGAGAAACUGAAGGAAGGGAAGGAAUUUUUGGUGGUAUCGAAAUCUCCCCAAAGAUAGUCAUCAGUAUGGUUCUUCCAUGUGCUUGGAUGUAGCAGAAGAGAUGUAAGUGUAUUUGUGCACAUCUCUCCAUAGAUUGCACUCCUUGCAAUGAGGAAGUUUUUAUUUCAAUUAUUCUUGCUUUCGUGAGUGUUAUGUUUUCUCAUUUCUAUUUCUCCUUCCUUGCCCGGUGUCAUUCAUGCAGAUCACUCCCUUAGUCAGUGGCUAGUCAGUGUGUGAGGAGGAAUUAGCAAAACGGCAGUCUCUUUCCCAGUAACCAGGCUUUAACUUUGGCAGUGGAACCUCUUCACUCCUUGAUCUAAUAAGUUGGUCUAUUUUGACCUACUCUCCCUUCCCCCAAAGAUAAAACUGACUUAGGGCUUUCUGUGUCAAGAAGAGAGAAGUAAAAAAAAACAAAAACAAACAGCUUUUCCCCAAAAAUAUCAAAUAUACAAUGUUAUAAAGUAGUUUAAGUUGUCUUUAGGAAUCACUAGGAAGAACUGUUAGAUUUGAGUUUUAUUUUUCUUUGGUCCUGCCUAUUCUAAUCAGAAGAAAAAAAAAACAACAAAGCACAAAUGAAAUAAACAAACAAAACACCAAGAACUGGAAGGGAAAAUAAAAAGCAUCAGCAGGUUUGGUAAUCUACAAAUUAAUUUAUUGGUUCCUAAAUUAUAAAAAAAAAAAUGAGCAUACUGUGAAAUUCAGUGAGUUAAUUUUGAAAAAGUCACGUAGAAGGAGAAGUGUCAUGUUGUAGUAGAAAUGCUAGACCAUUUAAGUUUCCUUACUCUGGAUUUUCUUAAGAGCAGUUUAUAAAUGCAUGGAACAUCCAGAAGACCAUGACUACCACAUUCCACAUAUUACAUAUUGUACCUUCAGGAACAUUACCACUGAAGAGAGUGGAUUCAAUAAAGACAUGAACUUCCAUUCAUGUCAGCUACUUUGUCAUAAAGAAAUCUGCAGCAUUAAGAGAAACAAGUCCGUGUGGCCAACCUAAUAGUAUUUAGUAGGAAUUAAAAAGUAAGAAUCAUUUUUAGCCCCUCCAAAAUGCAAAUAACUUGUUGGAUAUAUGUCCGUUUUCCAGCUGUACAGAGAAACAGUCCAGCUGCUUGGAACCUUCUCUGUAAUUGGGGCAGAAGUCACUUAAAGAAAAGCACCUUCAGAAACAGGCCUAGGCAUACCUGGCUCCUUUAGGCCCCCAUGUCAGUAUGUACAACUACGUUAGCAAUAGAAACCAGUCAUGACUAGGCUCCAUAACAGCUGUAUGGGACUGAGCAGCCCAUUUUGUGUCUUUUCUGCAGACCCACCAGUUGUUGACGCCUUGUCAGAAGCAUUGAAUGUUAGUUUCACAAUUCUUCAUUUCCCUCCCAAGGAAUGGGCAUUCUAACAAACCCUCCUCCCGAUCAAUGCUUUGCUGUUCAGUAGUGAAUUCAAGAGAGUUCUAAUAUGUCCAACUUGAAGCUCAUCGUGUGGUUGACAACUUACUUGAGAGCAUAAAGAUAUUAAAAUAGCAGCUAAUUCACUCUGUCUCUUAAGUCCCUGGGAAAUUUCUACCAAUGCAGAGAUCAGAGAAGCAAAUCAAGCCUCAUGCAGUAGGUUAGCUGUCCUCAGAUGGAGCUUAUUGGAUUCAUUUCCCCUCUUUCCCCAGCCCCUCUCCCAACCAGCCUGGUGAUUGUAACAUAGAGGACCUUUUCCCUCUUUCCUUUCUCUGGUAUGAUGACUCACUUCAGUCAGCAGUUCAAAUGAACUCCAGGCUUUAUUGCAUAUUCUCUCUAGGAAGUGCUUGUUCAUGAAUUUCUUCUCCACUCUAUGACCUGGGAACGACUGACUUAGUCUCAGUUUUUAUAUGGAAGUGGUAGCUAAAGCCAUUAAUUUACUCUUCCACAUUCCAUCUAUGUUUAUAUAAUUUUCUGUUUGUUUGUUUGUUUUUUAAUUUUCCCUCAAUACUAAGAACCUCCAGUCUGCGUCUUUUUCUAAAAGCUGAUCCAGAUACUUAACUUCUAUGGGCUUUAAAAAAAAAAUGUUUUAUGUGAAAUUUUAUAGCAUUGGACCUGAAAAAUGCAAAUGAGCCCGUAGUUUCCUGUAGAAAUUCACCUCCAAAGAAUUUGGCAUUCUUCCCCAUGGAGUAAACAGCCUGCUACCAGACCUAGGCUGUUUUGUAGGCUGAGCAUUUCCCUAAAUUCUGUCUGUACAGACACCAAGGCACCAAGGGGUUCUUUGUCUUUGAAACUAUAAAAAUGUCUAAGAAGAUAGUGAAUAAUUCUUCCCCAUAUAUAGUGUGAGCUGCCAACGCAUUAUGCUCAGCAAUGAAGAAGUCAAGUGUUUUCAGGUGUGCAUUCAUGGUGGCUUGUCAACAUCUUUGGCAAAGUUGUACCUGCUUUCCUUUCUUGUUCUCUUUCAGGGCUUACUUCCAUUCUUUCUCGUGGAACAACUAUAAUUUUAUUUACCAAUCAGUCAGCUUCCCAAAUGAAAGCUAUUCCCGUAGAGUACUGAGUGUACAGGGAAAUUACUCUCUCCCUCCCCACGGCAUGGAUGAUAGAUGCGUUCAGGAAUGAACUCUCUGAGAAUUCUUGGGAUGAACUUUGAAUUCCAGGUCUCCUUCUGUGAGACAUAUAAAAAUGGGUUUAUAGCAUACAAAAAGUGUACUACUCUUCCCAAUAAUAGACUAAAAAGAUAUUCAAAAUCUUUACAUUUUAGAUAGGUUUAAGUGAACUGUAAAUAGCUAAUUUUUUUCCCUUGCUCCUUGGCAAUUGGUCCCUAGCUAUAGUCUUAUCUCUUCACAUCUGACCAUCAAGACAUAAAGAAGGUGGUCUCGGUCCCACUGAGAUUCCACUCUGCAUAUUUCUCCAAAAACAUCCAUUUCCUGUGGAAACAAAUCUAUGAGUGAGGGGUAAGUCUAGCGACAAUUCUCCUAUCUGCCCACGGUGACACACCCAGGAUUUUUUAGUCUACCAGAGGAAUCAGACUAUUCCUAGUAAUUACUUUUAUAAUUCUGCAGUUCUUCAAUUUCUCAGAACACAAAUAAUAUGAUUCUACUGUUAGUCAAAUAUAUAAUCUUCAAAGAAUAUGAGCAUUUUAAAAAGGACUUCUCUUUAAAGAAACAAUCUGAGAUAAUUCUAAAAAGGCAGAAACUUUUAAAAUGAGAAAUGAAAUAAUUUUUAAGACUCUUUAGACAAAACAUGUCUUUGAUUCAUUAUAGUCUUUUCUUUCAUUGAGUUUUAAUUUAGACUACUGUGGGGAGCAGCGUGCCCCUGGAGUUUGAUUUAAGGAAUCGUGCUUUGGCCUGGAAAAUCAGCACUGGCCUGCACGCCCAGACCUAAGUGAAAUCAGUCAGCAUCCUAAUAGGAAUCAGGCCUAACAGAAAUGUAAGUUAUCUCAAGUCUUAAACGUUUAAUUUUCUUAGCGACACCCUUUCUUAAAAUGGACUCUGCUUUCUUAAAAUGCACUGGAUCCAUGCAGUUAUGUGUGUUCAUUCAGCCUUGUGCGAUUGCAAGCCAUGGGCUGAGGGAGAACAGGUGACAGGGAAGAAGGAAAAUUUGGACAAGGCCAGGGUGCACUGUUUGGCUGAUGCAUUGCAUUGUUAGGGAGCUGGUCAUUUUCGCCAUGGUUGUACCAAUGGCAGCUUAAGGAAUCUGUAUUAGGCAAAUGGGAGUCCCCAGUGUCUCAUAGAGGUCAGUACCCUAAUGAAACUGGCCUGUGCCUGCUGAAAUAAUGUCAUUCAAUGUCAGUGUCACUGCCAGGGGUUGGUGGUCCAGGGAUCUUUCCCUUUUCUCUGUGCCUGUCCUAAAGUCAUUCUGGCAUCUAGCUUCAUUUCUGUUUUCUCCUUUCAGUACUGUGGCCUCCCCUUCCUUCAUACCCCGCAGCUAUUUUUUUUCUCACUUUACCGUUUUUCCAGGACCCAGCUUUUUACCCCUUUGCCUCACAGACAGCCCAGUGUCUCCCUGAGCCCUCACUCCCUCCUCUCACACCCAGUGCUCUGCUUCCCAGGCCUUUGGACAGGGCGCUCCUCUGUCACCAAGUGAGACACACUACUAUGACUGCCUCUUGUUAAUGUCAGCAUCACCUCAUCACUUAGGCAAAGAGGGAAAAGUCCAUAAAAAGGUUGGAAAAUACAUUUCUUUUUUAUUUUAUUUUAUUUUAAGAAGGUUAGGGGGAGGGUUGUUCUCGUCCUCAAUUUCUCAUAGAUUUUACUUUAAAACUGUCUAACCGGGACCAUUCUUUUGAUAAAUUACAAAUCAGUACAGCUAUGCUGCCUAUGACUGAAUUUUUGAAGCUCAGAUACCUUUUCAGUGCUACUGGACACACUGCUUCAGUUUUGUACAAACAUUUUGAAUCAUGGGCUUUUUAUUGCCACUCCAUUCUUACUGCUCACUAUUCAAACAUCUCCGUGCAUCAGGAUCAGACGUCAACAAUUUGUGGUGGUUUUCAGAUCAGCAGUAACUGUGACACACUUGAAAGGGCAUAAAGAGAAAGUAUAAGCACGUCCCAGAUAGUCAAACAUUUGACCUGGAAGUAUAUUAGGACCAAUCUGCAGCAGUCAUCUUGAAGGAUUUUAAGCAAUAAUGAAGGCAGUUUGAGAAGUGAGGCAGCACUUUAAAGACAUGAAAACUUACAUGACACGAAACCUUACAUGACAUGGUCUUGGAUAUUUUAACUGUAAUAAGCUAAUUGGAUUCAGGUAUUUUUUCCUUUAAAUUUUUUAAAAAUAUGUAUUUCUCAUUUGUUUGCCUAUUUAAUUUUGUCAGCGCUGGAAAUGCUCAUUAGUUGAAUUUGUAAAUGUCACUUGCAACCAAAUGAAGUAUUUAUUUUUAAAAAGAAAAAGUGAAGGAACCAAUAUUGAUUGUACAUAAUGAAAAUAUGUGUGUGCGUAUAUAUGUAUAUUUUCCUCCUUGACACUACUUGAUUACCACAUCAAGUGUAUUUUUGUACAUAGUAUAUAUUGGUUAGAAAAAUGUAGAUUGUCUACUCAAAGGAUUCUAUCUCUAUGAUAGGUUAUAUUUAUUCUAAUCUAUUGAUACCUUUGUUAAUUUCUUUUAAGAGAUAGAACUCUAUUUUUUUGGAAUUUGCAGAGAACUGCAUUCAUGGCUUCCGAUGGGUAAAUAUGCUAAGGGUAUUUUAAUAAAUCUUGGUUUCAUGUCUGUCUGGUGUGCAGUGCAGAUUUAUUUUCAGGAGGCAUUUUGGAAAAGUAUUCCAACAGUACUCUACCUUCGAGAAACCAGUCACUUCUAACUUCCAUUGCUGCCCAAGCUCCACAUUACUACUGAGCUGCAAGAGCUGGGUCUCAGUAAACCUGUCAUUCAUAUUUCCUUCUUUCUGCCCCGUCCAUCCCACCAGCCAUGGCCAACCUGCCAAGGCAUAAAAGGCUAACACCAAACACACAACCCAGCCAGGCAUUGUCUCAGCUAAGCUGACCCAAAAGCAACACUACCUAAACAUGUAUUACCCAAGAUGGGGUGAGUGAGAGGAGAACCACGGGGAUUGGUGACUUCAAGCUGUGGAUUGGUAAACAAUAUACUAGGGAAAGAACAGAAUGUGGUAUUGUAGUCCAGCGCUCAGCACAAGGUACAAAUUCUUUUCAAGCAAUAAUAUGACACUUGUAGGUAUCUAUGAACAAAAAAACUAAAAUACUUCCAGCAGAAUAUACUUCUGUUUAAAUAGAAGUGUGAUUAUUUUUUUAUUAAAUCUUUAUUGUUCAGAUUA